GAAAAGCCUAAAAUGAUGGAUUUCAAAUUUGGGCACAAUACUUGGUAUUUGCCAAAUCCUCACCCACGAAAUCCAACCCCUCAAAACCCCGACUCCUCUUUUUCUCCUCUCUCACGCCGCUCGUGUCAAAGUCCCGACUGGAACUCGAUCUCCAUCUCCAUCUCAAAGCUCGAUCUCGAUCUCGAUCCAUCGCAGCUUGUUUUCUCCUCUCUUUCGGUUGCUCUCCUCAAACUUCUGCAGUUUCUGAUUGGGAUUCAAGUAAGAACUCCAAGCCGCAAAUUGAGCACUUCUUCAAGCUCUUCUGAUUGCCUUCUCAUCCGUCAACAAUUGCAGGUAAUUUUACUGUUAUUUUAAUUUUGUUAUGUCGUGAUUUCUUAUUUUGGGUCAUAGGAAACUUACAUGUUUUGAUGAGUAAUCAGAAUAAACACAAACUGUCUGAAGCAAAAUUCGAAAGCAAUAAAAAUAGUGUGAGGUUUUGUGUUAAUCGUCUAUGUAGCAUUACUCAAUUUACUUCAACAAGUAUUCAGAAAUAUGCCUCAGAUUCUUGGCAGGAAUCAUCUUAUCCUUCAUUAGGUGGGCAUUAAUUGGCACAGUUCAGGCUACGUAGCCAAACUUACAUGUUUUGUAAACAAUCAAUGACUAAAUCAAGAAACUGGAAUUUAUAAUAGAAAAGAGUCAUCACAACACAAAAUUUAUUACUGUGGAAAUAAAACGAGAUAAAAACUAAGCGAUAACCCUGAACAACCAAUCAUAUAUACCUGUUAGUCGCCGAAAGAUGACCUAAAUAUACAUAUUGUAUAGUU